AUGCCGCAAGCCUUGAGGUGGAUGAAACGGAACGGAACCACUCUUUCCGGCAAUGGCUGCCUGCGGCCUGCUUGCUUGGAAAAGGUGGAACAGAUCCCCGGAUCUGCUCCAGAGCCCGCUGCCUGUUCGAGGCGGGGCGCACUGGCUGCCGCGAGGAACGGAGGGAACAUCACCGGCACCAUUCCUCCCGCAACUCGCAAACGUAAAGCCGCUGAGGCGCCGCUAUCCUCUGCAGCUACGAUUCGCACCAAGAGGAUCGCCUCAGCCGGCCUUGAGACAGCCCCACCGACUCCUCUUACCACUUCUUCUAAUCCAGUCAUGGAUACCGACGACGAGUUUCUGUCCGCUGUUUCCAGCGACGAGGACGUCCUCCAGGACAGCGAUAAUGACCUGUCCGGCGUUGAAGAUGAUUUUGGCUUCGACGAAGAGCCCGAUACCUACGACGGAGAAAAGGAAAUCGAACAGAAGAAGCGCGCAGCAUACGAUGUCAUGUUUCGAGUCUAUCAACCAGAAGACAUCCAAAAGCAGCAAGAAGAUCUGAUAAACGAGGUCAAUAUGAUAUUGACCAUUCCGAAGGAAGAGGCAGCCAUCCUACUUCGGCAUUUUCGUUGGAAUAAAGAGAGGUUGAUCGAGGAGUAUAUGGACAAUCCAGACAAGGUCCUUGAUGCCGCCGGCCUGUCAAACUCGGCGGCUGGCCCGCCGAAGUUGCAGGUCAUUCCUGGCUUUUGCUGCGACAUCUGCUGCGAGGAUGAAGCCGGCAUGGAGACGUUCGCCCUCAAGUGCGGUCACAGGUACUGUGUUGCCUGCUACCGUCAAUACCUCGCCCAGAAGAUCCGAGUCGAGGGCGAGGCAGCCCGUAUCCAAUGCCCCACGGAAGGCUGCAAUCUCAUCAUCGACGCUCGUUCCCUUGAUAUCUUGGUCACGCCGGAUCUGACGGAACGCUACCACGAGCUUCUCUACCGUACGUAUGUCGAGGACAAGGAAACUCUGAAGUGGUGCCCGGCCCCGGAUUGCCCGAACACGAUCGAGUGUGCCGUCAAGAAGAAGGAUCUGCAUAAGAUAGUUCCUACGGUGCAGUGCUUGUGUGGUCACCGGUUCUGCUUUGGCUGCGCACUCAACGACCAUCAACCGGCCCCCUGUGAGCUGGUCAAGAAGUGGCUCAAGAAGUGUGCUGAUGACUCCGAGACUGCCAACUGGAUCUCCGCCAACACCAAGGAAUGCCCUAAGUGCAAUAGCACCAUCGAGAAGAAUGGCGGCUGCAACCACAUGACUUGCCGGAAGUGCAAGUACGAGUUCUGCUGGAUGUGCAUGGGUUUGUGGUCAGAGCACGGUACGAGCUGGUACAACUGCAACCGUUAUGAGGAGAAGAGUGGUGUCGAGGCCCGCGACGCUCAAGCCCGGUCUCGCAUCUCGUUGGAGCGCUACCUGCACUACUACAACCGCUAUGCCAAUCACGAACAGUCAGCCCGUCUCGACAAGGACAUUUAUCACAAGACUGAGAAGAAGAUGGUUCAGCUGCAGAAGGAGUCUGGCAUGUCCUGGAUUGAGGUCCAGUACCUGCAGGCAGCCUCACAGGCCCUGCAGACAUGCCGCCAGACCCUGAUGUGGACAUAUGCCUUUGCCUUCUACCUUGAGCGCAACAAUCUGACCGAGAUUUUCGAGGACAACCAGAAGGAUCUGGAGCUGGCUGUUGAGGCGCUGUCCGGCAUGUUCGAGAAGCCCGUCAACGAGCUGGCCGAUCCCAAACUCAAGGUUGAGAUCAUGGACAAGACGUCGUACUGCAAUAAACGGCGCAUUAUCUUGCUGGAAGAUACGGCUCAAAACCUGUUAGACGGCAAGUGGCGUUUCAAUGUCGAGCUGUCGGGCCACGGCGCACCAGGCACGCGACGCUUCUAG